AUGAUCAGGCCCCUGUCCCAUCCAAACACUACCGGUGCCCAAUUGGUAGUGCCGGCGACGACGGCGGCGAUGCGGCUGCUCUCCGGCGCCUCGGCCUCCCGCCUCCCCUCGGCCCUCCCCUUUUUGGCGCGGGCAAGGCCUAGAUGUGUGUCGCGCUAUUCCUCCGCCUCCGCUUGCCGGGCCGCCUCCUCGUCAGCUGCGCCCGUCGGUGACGGCGGCGCGCGGAAGCCGUGGCUGUUCGUUGGGCUCGGGAACCCCGGGAAGAUGUACCAGAGGACUCGCCACAACGUUGGAUUCGAGAUGAUUGAUGCUAUAGCAGAAGCAGAGGGUGUAUCACUCAGCAGUAUGCAGUUCAAGGCAAUGGUUGGCAAAGGUCGUAUCGGAGAUGUUCCUAUCAUGCUUGCCAAGCCGCAAACAUUUAUGAAUGCAAGCGGUGAGUCUGUUGGGCAGCUGGUUUCAUAUUUCAAGAUACCACUUAAUCAAGUCGUUGUGAUGUAUGAUGAUCUGGAUUUACCCUUCGCAAAAUUGCGUCUACUGCCAAAAGGUGGACAUGGCGGGCAUAAUGGGAUGAGAAGCAUUAUCAACCAUCUCAAACAAAAUCGUGAUUUUCCACGUCUAAGAAUUGGCAUUGGACGACCACCUGGGAAGAUGGAUCCUGCCAACUUUGUUCUCAGGCCAUUCACCAAAAAAGAACAAGAAGAGCUUGAUUUCACAUUCCAUAGGAGCUUGGAAGCAAUAAGAAUAAUGGCACUUGAAGGAUUCAACAAGAGCGCUACUUUCGUGAACACUGCCCAGUCAUCCGAAAUGCUGAAUAGAUGA